AGACGCUGAGCUAUAAAUAGCCCUAAACACGGAAACUAUAUAACAUAAACAAGAUCAUCGUAUUCUGGUUCUGAACAGGUUCAAUGGCGUCGCUGGCGGAGCAACUAAGAAACUGCAAGUUAAAGAAAGUAACAGAACCCAUUAAAGAUUUCUCCAGUCCCAAAACAGCCGGCUACAUUAGUCAAGAGGAGAUAACUCUCUACCAAAACUCUGUCCUUGAUGUUAAUACUGAGAAAUGGAUGCACAUUCUUAAAGAGCUGACCUUUCCGACAGAGUUAUGUCCCUUGAAAAUCGAAGAAGCGAGACUCUUUGUACAAAUAUUUGAAGACUGCUACAGGAAUCUUGAUUCUGAACAAAUCUGUGACGUCAACUGGAGAGAUACGUUAACGUCAGACGGAAAAAUAAUAAUUGAAGACGUCACUCAGCGUUUGGAAUCGGUCAUGAACAAAUUUACAGCAAGAGAUGGUUUUGCUUUUGUGAAGACGUCAAGCAGGAGCGCCAAGGAUGCGCCGAUGGUCCAACGUCGAUUCAAAGAUGUGUAUCACAAGUAUUUAAUGGAAUUACCAGAAGACAAACAGAAAAAUGAAAAUAUCCAAAUUACGUGCCUUCUCAAAGCUGGAUUUGAAGGCCUCAAAGUUAAAACUGCUGAAGAAGUGGUUGAUAUGAUCUUGAGGAGUGAACGUAUCUACCAAGAUAUGUUGCUAGCUCUGGAAAUCAAAGGCAGAUUUGAAGAGAACUUUGUCGUGAGGAAAUUCGUUGAUAUUGAUGUUGAUAUGGAGUUUAGGGGUUUUGUGUUCGGGGGAGAGCUUGUAGCCUUGUCGCAGUACAACUAUCUGAUUUUCUCGCAGAGGCUCCUAGACACGAGGGACCAUCUCAAGGAUAUUCUUUGCAAAUAUUUUAAUGACAAGGUACGGCCGAUGAUGAAAGAAGGGGAAUUUCCAACAGCAUACAUAAUCGAUUUUGCAGUUUGUGAAAACGGUGACAAGCUGUGGGUGAUCGAGAUUAACCCUUUCGCCGAGACGACGGACGGCGGCUUGUUCAGUUGGCAGCACGAGCGCCAUCUGCUGGAGGGAAAAGAAGGAUUUCAGUUCCGGAUUGUGGAGCGACCUAAACCUGGGGCCAAGGCGAUGUUACCCCAGAGCGUCAAGGCGUUGUUGAAAUAGGGGGAGGGGUGUGGAACUGGGACAAAGGCGUUGUUACCCCAGAACGUCAAGGCGUUGUUGAAAUAGGAGGAGGGGUGUGGAACUGGGGCCAAGGCGUUGUUGAAAUAGAGGGAGGGGUGCGGAACUGGGACCAAGUCGUUGUUGAAAUAGAGGGAGGGGUGUGGAACUGGGCCCAAGGCGUUGUUGAAAUAGAGGGAGGGGUGUGGAACUGGGCCCAAGGCGUUGUUGAAAUAGAGGGAGGGGUGUGGAACUGGGACCAAGGCUAUGUUACCCCAGAGCGUCAAGGCGUUGUUGAA